UAGAAACUCGCAGUUUGACGGUCCUCAUACUCCUUUUCGUAGUGUACGACGAGAAGAACUUCCUCUACGCAUCCGUUUGCCGUUUGGACCAAGUUUCCCCGUCGAGUUUCCAGGAAAGUUUUCAGUAGCAACAAGUUGCGACGUGAUUUAUCUGAAGAAUUAAAGCGAACAUGCAACUUGAACUUCCUCAACUUUUUGGUCGUCUCCUCUUCGUCACUCUGGUGGCUGCCGUAAUGGUUGUUAAUGGAAAACCACCCCAUUUUGCACCAGAUCCUUUACAAGGCUUCAAUAACGAUCAAGAUAAUUCGGUGAUGGCUAACAAUUUAGAUAAUAGCGGAAUGAGACCUUGGCAGCUGGAACUUUUGGCUCAGAGAAUGUCCGAGCUUAAUCAGAUCAGUCAAUUAAACAGUCUGAACGGCCAAGAUUUCAACAGAUUCGACCGGGAGCUACGGAGCGGCAACGAGAUCAAACGUCAGAGCCGCUACCGCUUGUGCUACUUCAACCCCGUAUCCUGUUUCAGAAAAUAAUUAAUUUUUCUCGCCCUGUACUACAUUUAAUAACAAAGUAUAUAAAUAAUUUAUUCAGGUAUUAUUUUCCAUUUUAAAUUUCCGUUUGUUGAAAACAUCGUGUGUCAAAGUGGCAACAUUUCAUAACUGUAUUAUAUAGUAUUUUUGUGUAAAAGAAAACAUACUUAUUAUUAAAUUAAUAACUGAAGAAAUAUAAUCAUGUAAACAUUAUAUACUUUAGAUGUUGGUUUAAAAUAUGUUGUAUUAUGUAGUUGAAAUCUUGUAUAUCGUAGAAAAAUAUACAGAAGUAAAGCAUUAAAUUAUGGUACAAAUUAA